AUGUCGCGCACUACUCCUCUCAUCUUCUUCAUCAUGUCCUCAUAUUUGACAAACCUAAGGACACUGUCUCCACACCAUUGCUUUUUAUCUACUUUCGUUCAUUCUCAAACACUUCCAUUUCGAUUUCUCAAAUCUCUCCCUGAACCGAUAAUCGAAAUUGCAAAACUACAUCGUGUUAUGGAUUUCAAAUGCUUAAAGCUUCACCGAAAGGGAGUCUGUAGUAAUUACCUUCCGGAGUCAGUCCGCACUUCUUCAAAUGUAUCGAACGUAACUAGAAAUCUAGAGACUCAGAGAUUCAGUUGUGCUUAUGCAGAAAGUGAUGUUGAUGAUCGAACAUUAUGCAGAGAAGUGAACGUUGAUGACUGA